AUGCCGCCAUCUGUACCGGCCCUGUGUCUGUGCUGCCUUGCAACCAGAGAGGAUGUGCCUCAGAGGAGGGCUGUUUCUGUGGAGGAGCAGCUGUCCUGCUGUUCUUUGUGUCAGGACGUCCUGAAGGAUCCAGUCUCUACCAGCUGUGGAUACUGGUUCUGCAGACAGUGCAUCAUCUCAUACUGGGACCAGUCUGCUUCAUCAGGAGACUCCUCCUGUCCCCAGUGUGGAAAAAGAUCCAGAACCAGACCUGGACUGCAGACAGACAGUCAGACCAGCACUGUACAAAUAGAAAGUGGUCUGCAGGAGGUUUUAGAUGAACAUCAGAUCAGUCUGAGCAGCACAUGUGAAUGUGUGACUCAAGGAACUGAUGAACCAGGAACUAAAACCUUCCUCAUCAGCAUCUUCACUGAGGUCCACAUCACAGAGGGACAGAGUGAAGAGGUUAAUACCCAACAUGAGGUGAGGCAGCUUGAAACAGCUUCCAAGAUGAAGACCCUCCAUGAUGCUCCAAUCAAGUGUCAGGACAUCUUUAAAGUCUUACCUGACCAACAGUACAUCUGUGAAGUCUUACACAGAGUCAGAGUGGUUCUGAUGAACGGCGUCGCUGGCGUUGGAAAAACCUUCUCAGUGCAGAAGUUCACUCUGGACUGGGCACAGCGCUCCAACAACCAAGAUAUCAGUCUGCUGAUUCUGUUCUCGUUCAGGUCGCUGAACUUGAUCAAAAAUGAGCAGUACAGUCUGCUCAUGCUGAUCCAUGUUUUCUAUCCAACAUUACAGAAGCUCACAGCAGAGAAGCUCGCUGUCUGUAAAGUUCUGUUCAUCUUUGACGGCCUGGAUGAAAGCAGACUUUCACUGGAUUUCAACAACAGUGAGGUCGUGUCUAAUGUCACACAGAAGUCAUCAGUCAGCGUGCUGUUGACAAACCUCAUCAAGGGGAAGCUGCUUCCCUCGGCUCUCGUCUGGAUAACUUCCCGACCUGCAGCAGCCAAUCAGAUCCCUCCUUCAUGUGUGGACAGGGUAACAGAAGUACGAGGCUUCACUGACGCCCAGAAGGAGGAGUACUUCAGGAGGAGAUUCAGUGAUGAAGAGCAGUCCAGCACAAUCAUCUCACACAUCAAGACAUCCAGGAGCCUCCACAUCAUGUGUCACAUCCCAGUCUUCUGCUGGAUCACUGCUACAGUUCUGGACCACAUGUUGACUACAGACCAGAGAGGAGAGCUGCCCAAGACCCUGACUGACAUGUACUCACACUUCCUGCUGGUUCAGACAAAGAAGAAGAAGAACAAGUAUGAUGAGGGACAUGAGACGAGUCCACAGGAGCUGACGGAGGCUGAUAGGAACCUUCUUCUGAAGCUGGGGAGGCUGGCGUUUGAACAACUGAAGAAAGGAAACAUCAUGUUCUACCAAGAAGACCUGGAGCAGUGUGGUCUUGAUGUCACAGAGGCCUCGGUGUUAUCAGGAGUUUGUACACAGAUCUUCAAAAGAGAGAGUGUGAUCUUCCAGAAAACAGUCUACAGCUUUGUUCAUCUGAGCGUUCAGGAGUUUCUGGCUGCAGUCUACAUGUACCACUGUUACACCAGCGGGAAGACAAAGGUACUGAAGGACUUCCUGGGAGAAAAACACAGUUACUCAUCUCUGGAUGACUUCCUGAUGAAAGCCAUGGUGAGAUCGCUUAAAAGUAAAAAUGGCCACCUGGACCUGUUUGUCCGCUUCCUUCAUGGCCUCUCUCUGGAGUCCAACCAGAGUCUCUUAGGAGGCCUGCUGGGUCAGACAGACAACAGUCCCAGAACCAUCCAGAGAGUCAUCAACAACCUGAAGGAGAAGAAAAUUGAAUUUAACUCUCCUGACAGAAGCAUCAUCAUCUUCAACUGUCUGAUGGAGAUGAACGACCACUCAGUACAUCAGGAGAUCCAAGAGUUCCUGAAGUCAGAGAACAGAUCAGAGAAGAAACUCUCUGUGAUCCACUGCUCAGCUCUGGCCUACAUGCUGCAGAUGUCAGAGGAGGUUCUGGAGGAGUUGAACCUGGAGAAGUACAAAACAUCACAGGAGGGACGACGGAGACUGAUCCCAGCUGUGAGGAACUGCAGAAAGGCUGUACUUGUUGGCUGUAGACUCUCAGAGACUCACUGUGAAGUUGUGGCCUCAGCUCUGAAGUCCAACCCCUCCCAUCUCACAGACCUGGACCUGAGCUGGAACAAGCGGCUGCAGGAUUCAGGAGUGAAGCGUCUGUCUGCUGGACUGGAGAGUCCAAACUGUAGACUGGAGACUCUGAGAUUGUGGGGCUGCAGUUUGUCAGAGAUCAGCUGUGCUUCUCUGGCCUCAGCUCUGAAGUCCAACUCCUCCCAUCUCAAAGAGCUGGAUGUGGGCUUCAACGUGCUGCAGGAUUCAGGAGUGAAGCGUCUGUCUGCUGGACUGGAGAGUCCAAACUGUAGACUGGAGGCUCUGAGAUUGAUUGGCUGCAGUUUGUCAGAGAUCAGCUGUGCUUUUCUGGCCUCAGCUCUGAAGUCCAACUCCUCCCAUCUCAGAGAGCUGGAUCUGAGAUUCAACAGCCUGAAGGAAUCAGACAUGAAGCAGCUGAUUGAUCUUCAGCAGAGUCCAGACUGCAGACUGGAGACUCUGAGAUGGAAGCGGGAUGAUUGAUCUCUGUCAGAGUGAGAGUGAACAUCUAGGAGUGCUGAGAGAGGAUCAGCUGGAUCCUGAUGAUCCAUCUGGAGUCUGGAUCUGGAUUUUGUCGUCUUCACUUAAGUCUCUUAACUGACUACAAACUGAACCGUUAUCUCUGGAUUUAGCUGAAGUCAGCACUUUACAGAUGUGUUGUACAUGAGCAGU